AUGACGAGUAUGGGACCGUCGUUUGCAGGUCAUCCUGCCGGCAUGCAACAACAUCCAGGUGUUCCCGGGCACCCUAUGGCCCAGGGGAUGCCUCAUAACCCGGGUCAGCAAGGCCCGCCGGGCGGAGGAAUGCCUCACCAGAUGCAUAUGGCGGUGUCAGGGCCUGGUGGUCAGGUUAAUCCAAAUCAGUUGAUGGGCGGCAUGCCGCCGGGUGCUGGUGGUCCGAACGCUCACGCUCUGCAGCACCUGAAUCCUGCCCAAAACCCGAUGUUCCAGCAGAACCAGUUCGGUAACUGUAUGUCGACACCUUCGCUGGUCCAAUUACUCUGUAUCUUCACUAACGGAUACGCGUAG